AUGCGUCUUCAAAUUCAUGAAAUUUUUAAUUCUUUCAAUGAAAUUUCUAAUACUACUUUAACAUUAAAACUACAUGAAGUUUCUUCUACUAUUACUUCCUUAACAUUAACAAACUGGUCAACAGUCUUUCUGUUCAUCAUCCUAUCUUACACGGCUAAAUUCUACUUCUCAUAUUUUACGCGUAAUAAUCCUUUACCAGGUCCUUUACCUUUACCUAUAAUUGGUAAUGCUUAUCUUUUUCGUGGAGAUCUACCGGAAGUGUUUUUUAACCUUCAAACAAAAUAUGGAACAAUAUUUGAACUUUAUUUUAAUUCUAAGCGUGUGAUUUGGUUGGGUGAUGCAAAGUUACUUAAAAAACUUAACGAUCCAUCUCUAAAAACAAAUUUUCCAUAUCGUGCUUUAGGUUCAUGGAUUGAUGAAAUAAAAAUGACUGGUUUGGGUUUGAGUCUUAAUAAUCAUAUGAAUGCUUGGAGAUUUAAUAGGUUAAGGAUAGGUCAAAGUCUUACGGUAUCUUCACUAUUUCGUCAAUUGGUUCAGAUAAUGGGGAAAACUUUUAAUGAAUUAGAAGGUUACUGGAUAUUAUUAUCAAAAGGGGAUAAAGUUAUGAAAGUUGAUAUAGGAGACUGGAUUUAUAAAUUUACAAGUGAUACUUUUGUUCCUACAGUCAUGAGAAAACCUACUGCAAAUAUGUUAAUUCAUUAUAAUUAUCUUACAAAAACAAAAAAUAAUAUCACAUUCGAACAAGAACAAGCUUUUGAAAUGUUGGAUAGAAUUCGAAUCUGGCAAAAAUCUAUUUUAUUCUUUUAUUUCCUUCCAAAAUUCAUUAGACAUUAUAUUCCACCUUUUAAUUUUCUUAAUUAUAAAUAUAUGUAUAACAUAAAUUGGUUAAAUGAUUAUUUUACUAAUAUUGUAAAACGAAGAAGAAAAGAAAUUGAGAAUACUCCAAAGGGUGAACCAUUAAGUUCGGAUAUUUUAACUUCUCUUAUAUCCCAAAACAGUCAUCUCUCUACCGAAUUUGGCACGGAAAAGAAUGAAUAUGAUAGGCCCAUGACGGACGAAGAAAUUAUGCGGGUAACGAUCGAAGCAAUCGUUGUUGGCACUGCUCCGCUGGGGUCUGGAUUAUCUUUCGCUGUUUAUAACAUUGCUAAAAAUCCUGCUGCACAAUCCAAGCUUCAUGAUGAAAUCGAUAGAGUCAUUGGCAAAGACAUGAACCGACCUAUAACCUACGAGGAUCUUAUAAAAUUAGAUUAUCUUGAAGCUUGUUUCAAAGAAUCUUUGCGAAUGACAGCAGUUAUACCAUUUAUUUUUAAAGCAUCAAUUAAAGAAGAUAUUGUAGCUGAUCUUAAAUGGGAUGCACAGCAAGAAUUUUUUAUUAAUAUUUAUUAUAUACAUCAAUCAAAAGCACAUUGGCCUGACCCUGAAUCUUUCCGCCCGGAAAGGUUCCUAGGCGAAAAUAUUGAAGAACAUAGCCAUAUACCAUUCGGUGGUGGAAUUCGUAUAUGCCCUGGACGUCACCUCGCAUUAAUUAGCGCUAAAAUUUUCCUAACUUUGAUAUUUAGGAAAUAUAGAAUUGAGUUAGUUGAUGACAACUCAUUCUCAAAAUCAUAUGAUUUAGAUAAUAGAUGCGAUAAAUUAGAG